AUGUCGAAAGAUGUGUUGAAGUCCAUCUCUGAGACCAUCCGCAAGGACUACCAGGAGAUCCUGGAUGAGCGUUUGGCACGCUGGGAGUUGUCCAAGGCUUUGUCCCUGAUCGGUGUCAUCGUGGAGCGGACGACGGCGGCGCAGCAGAACAUGAGCAGCUUGCAGGAGGAGAACAUCCGCGAGACUAAGAUGCUCAUGGUCGCGCAGUUGUUGGAAGCCAUCGACGCCUCCGAUGAGGACAAGAGUGGGACCAUUAACCUCCAGGAGUUCCGAGAGGUCCAACGAAAGCCUCAUGCGGCGGAGAUCUUUGCCGCGCUGAAUCUACCGCCUGGGUUUGAGGCCAAGGACCUCUUUGGCCUCCUGGACACCGACGGCAACGGAGUUCUCGACCGCUAUGAGUUCUUGCUGGGGAUCUGCCGGUUGAUUUGGUGCGAUGACUUCCAGAGCAAAUGUCUGAUGAACCAUCAGAUUGCACAGGUCCGGGAGGACAUCCGAUCCCUUCGGGUCUCCAUCUCGGAUCUCUCCAGAACCAAGGCAGGCCGAGGACCUCGGCUUCGAGUGGUCGAAAAACCCGCCGGUGGUUGGUUGGAGGAGGUCAGAAGCCAUGGUUGUUGA